ACCACCGAAGAAAAGCUGCUUGUUUUGGAAAGCGGACGCUUCCUUCUUUCAGACUCUCCGUCAUGAGCGUGCCGGACUACCUGCAGUGCGCUGAAGAUCACCAGACGGUGCUGGUGUUGGUGCAGCCGCUGGGCGCCGUACCCGAGGACGAUUUCUUCUGCGUGUACAAGCGUGUGGCGAGCGUGUGCCAGGUGAGUGUGGGAGACAACCAGCGCUCGCUGUCUGUGCGCUACCGGCACCAUUACGCCCCCGAGAACGGUGAGUGGGGUGAGUUCCAGUCGCACCGCAGGGCCGUGGGGCUGGUGGCUGUGGCCUGGUGUCCGGCGGCAGGGAGCGAAUGGGCGCUCACGUCCGAGAGGUUCCGCGCCAUGAAGGAGCGACUCGGACCGGCGCUGUACGACUCUCGCCUGCUCGCGUUCGGUCUGAGCGGACACGCCACGACAGAGCUCCAGCGACCCGACGUGGCCUUCUUCCCUGGGUAUGACAACUGCCCUGAGCUUGAGAAGACCAUCGAGGAUUUCAUCCAGUCCAUCUUCAUCGUCCUCGAGUCCAAAAGGCUGGACCGGGCUACGGAUAAAUCCGGGGAUAAGAUCCCGCUCCUGUGCGUCCCGUUUGAGAAGAAGGACUUUGUUGGCUUGGACACGGACAGCAGGCACUAUAAGAAGCGCUGUCAGGGCCGGAUGAGGAAGCACGUGGGGGACCUGUGUCUGCAGGCGGGGAUGAUCCAGGACGCUCUGGUCCACUACCACAUGGCCGUCGAGCUGCUGCGCUCCGUCAACGACUUCCUCUGGCUGGGGGCUGCUCUGGAGGGUCUCUGCUCAGCCUCUGUGAUAAUCCAUUACCCAGGAGGCACAGCUGGAAAGGGCAGCACACGCAAACCUGUCGUUUCCACGGCAACAGAUGGCGGCAAGAGACACCGUCCAGGUGCUCUGACGUCCAGCAGCGGCAUCAGCGCCGACACUAGCAGCGAGAUCGGCCGAGCCAAGAACUGUCUGAGUCCAGAGGACAUCAUCGAGAAGUACAAAGAGGCAAUCUCUUAUUACGGCAAGUAUAAGAACGCUGGGGUGAUCGAGUUGGAGGCGUGUGUGAAGGCGGUUCGAGUUUUGGCCAUUCAGAAGAGAGCCAUGGAGGCAUCGGAGUUCCUGCAGAACGCAGUCUACAUCAACCUGGGCCAGCUUUCCGAAGAGGAGAAGAUCCAGCGCUACAGUGUCUUAUCUGAGCUAUAUGAACUGAUCGGGUUCCACCGAAAGUCAGCGUUCUUUAAGCGCGUAGCAGCCAUGCAGUGUGUGGCCCCGACCAUCCCCGAGCCUGGCUGGAAGGCUUGUUACAGGUUACUGCUGGAGACACUUCCCGGCUACAGCCUCUCUCUCGACCCUAAAGACUUCAGUAAAGGAACUCACCGUGGCUGGGCAGCUGUACAGAUGCGUUUGCUGCAUGAACUGGUUUAUGCGUCUCGGCGCAUGGGGAACCCCGCCCUCAGUGUCCGCCACCUCUCCUUCCUCUUACAGACCAUGCUGGACUUCCUGUCGGAUCAAGAAAAGAAGGAGGUGACUCAGAGUCUGGAGAACUACACGUCGAAGUGUCCUGGAGGGAUGAACGUCAUCACCCUUCCAGAUGGACUCAAAUUGGCCCCGGUGCCCUUGACCAAGCUGCCCAUUGUCAGGUCUGUGUCUCUGCUGAACCUGCCUGCGAGUCUUCGUCCACAUAAAGUGAAGGGUCUGCUUGGGCCGAACGUCAGCUCCGCCAGCCCCUUCAUCUACUCUCCCAUCAGCAUCCACAACAGAGGAGAAGAGCGCUCCAAGAAGAUCGAUUUCCAGUGGGUGCAGGGGGACGUGUGUGAGGUGCAGUUGAUGGUGUACAACCCCAUGCCCUUCGAACUGCGUGUGGAGAACAUGGGUCUGUUGACGUCCGGUGUGGACUUUGAGUCUCUGCCCGCUGCGCUGUCUCUCCCCGCCGAGUCCGGACUCUACCCCGUCACUCUGGUGGGAGUCCCACGCACCGCCGGUACCAUCACCGUCAGUGGUUACCACACGUCGGUGUUUGGUGUGAGCAGUGACUGUGUGUUGGAUAGUUUGGUUGGUGUGAAGUCCAGUGGUUGUGUGGUGGAGGUGGUCCCGUCACUGCCUCGCCUCCAACUCACCACCUCCCUACCACGAUGUGCACGUGUAGGUGCUGAGGAUCUGUCCAGCAGUGUGUCUCUGCAGCUGUUUAAUGGAGAAACUCAGCAGAUCACCAUCACACUGGAGAACAUUGGCUCUGAGAGUUUAAACACACUGGAGCUGUCUUCUAGAACACUCUCUUCUAAAGAAAAGUUGUUUGGGGAGUUUGUGAGCUGGGACAUGGAGGACGCUGUCUCUCGUCUCCCUCUGAAGCCAGGUCAAGCCAUCACGGUUACCGUCAACAUCCAAGUCAGGCUGGACUUCUCUGGUCAGGAGAACCUGCUCCAGGACCUCAAUGAUGAUGGUAUCAGCGUGACUGGACUGCCCAUCUCCAGCCCUUUGAGACAGGUCUUGAAGCCCCGCCCAGAAAACAAGCAGGUCAACUCCGACGCCAACAAGAACGAAUACAACCACGUGAAGACUCUGGAGUGUGUGCUGUGUUUCCGGUACAGUGGAGGUCCGGGUCAUGUGGAUGGUUACUACAGAGAGCUCAGUCUGGGCAUCAGAGUGGAUGUGGAGCCCUCUGUGUUCUUCACCAGGGUCAGCACGCUCCCAGCUACCAGUACACGUCAGUGCCACUUGCUGCUGGAUGUGUUUAACCCCACUGAGCAUGAACUCACACUCGCCUCCAGGAACCAGGAGCUGGUGCUCCACUCCAGCGAGUGUCAGAGGAUGGCCAUUCGGGUGGAUAAGUUUGACUUUGAGAGCCUGCCGAUGCCGUCCCGUGAUGCCGUGCACCAGAGCAGUGUGUAUGAGCGGGAGGAGGAGAAGCAGCAGGUUCAGGGAGGACACAUCAACAGCACACUGCAGCUGCGCUGGACCAUCCCGUCUCUGAAGAGGCAGGGCGAAGCGAGCGUGGAGGGCGUCCUCACCCAGCUCGUCCUGGAGCACCUACAGCUCGCACCGCUACAGUGGGAUAUAGCGGUGAAUGGUAAGGCGUGUGAUUGUGAUGUGGUUGCUGAGUGUACGGUGGGUGACGCCGUGCCGCUGGAAGUUAAGCUGACCAAUCGCAGUAAGAGCGCCGUGGGACCGUUCUCUCUCUCGGUGGUGCCGUUUCAGGAUUAUCAGAACGGCACGCAGAACUAUGAGCUGCAGGACGCCGUCACCUUCAUUGGCUCCAACUCCUUCUACAUCGACUCGGUGAGUCCAGCGGGGAACUCGAUCUGUGCUGGAGCAUUGCUGUUCCUUUACACUGGGGAUUUCUACCUGAAUAUUAAGUUCCAGGACGACAGCACGAGCCGAGACCUUCCUCCCACGUGGUUCUGCUUGCCCAGCGUCCACAUCCGAGCACAAGAACCAGUCGAGGCAGCUGCCUGAGCUUGGGGACUCUGGGGCACACUGACCUUUUUGGACAGAGCAUGAUCCUGGGUGGCUACUCAAGAACCAUUUUGUUUGAAAUAUAAAAUUCUACUCUCUAGAUCUGAAUCAUUACUGGUCUUUAUUAAUAAAGUUUCUUAAUAAUGUAAUGGCACAUCAUAUUUACCCCUGACUCCUGGGAUUCAUUGCGUGAUUACUCAAAGGCUGCAUCUAAAUACCCACACUACUUCUGUACCAUUAGUACACAAGGAGUACUGUGUACGGUGUCCGAAUUCUCAGUAGGCAUUUAAUAGCAGUCGACCGGUACCUGGAUGAUCUACUACAUCCAUUACAUACAAAUGUACCACACUACACUACGAUAUCCCAUAAUUCAGCUGGAGCCUCAGAAUAACCAAAGAAGAAGAAUUCCCUCGGGAAAAUGGAACGUAUUUGGCUGUCAGAAGCGAAGCCGGUUGUUGCAGCAGUGUACAAAUGUAUCAGGAAUGCAGCCAAGGUCUUUUUUCAACUGUUUCUAAAUCAAGAUCCCCUAAAGGUUCUAUGUGCAAAUUUCAACAUGCAGAAGCUAUAAAGGCUCCAGGCAGAACCCUGAACAUUUCUCAAUCUAGAGGCAGUAAUAAGUUCUAUGUGGAACCCUACAGCUGAACAUUUCUGAGUCUAGAACCCUUAAAGGUUAUUUACAGAAGUCUUUCACUGAUUACUUAGGCAUUCUAGAUUUAGAAACAUUCUGUAUGGAACCCUACAAUUGAGUGAUUCUAAAUCUAGAAACCGUAAAAGGUUCCAUAGCCGGAUCCAUACAACUGAGCAGUUCUGAGUCUAGAACCCUUAAAGGUUCUUUGCAGAAGCCUUUAACUGAUUGUUUCUAAAUCUAGAAUACCUAAAUAUUCCGUAUGGAAUGCUACAAUUGAGUGAUUCUAAAUGUAGAAACUGUAAAAAAUUUCCAUAGCUGGAUCCAUACAACUGAGAAGUUCUAAGUCUAGAACCCUUAAACGUUCUUUGCAGAAGCCUUUCACUGAUUGAUUGUUUCUAAAUCUAGAAUGCCUAAAUAUUCUAUAUGCAAGCCUACAAUUGAGUAUUUCUAAAUCUAGAAACCGUAAAAUAUUCCAUAUCUGGAUCCAUACAACUGAGCAGUUCUGAGUCUAGAAUCAUUAAAAGUUCUUUGCAGAAGCCUUUAACUGACUGUUUCUAAAUUUAGAAUGCCUCAAUAUAUUCUGUAUGGAACCCUACAAUUAAGUGAUUCUAAAUCUGGAAACCAUGAAAGGUUCCAUAGCCGGAACCAUACAACUGAGAAGUUCUGAGUCUAGAACCCUUAAACGUUCUUUGCAGAAGCCUUUCACUGAUUGAUUGUUUCUAAAUCUAGAAUGCCUAAAUAUUCUAUAUGCAAGCCUACAAUUGAGUAUUUCUAAAUCUAGAAACCACAAAAUGUUCUAUAUCUGGAUCCAUACAACUGAGCAGUUCUGAGUCUAGAAUCAUUAAAAGUUCUUUGCAGAAGCCUUUAACUGACUGUUUCUAAAUUUAGAAUGCCUCAAUAUAUUCUGUAUGGAACCCUACAAUUAAGUGAUUCUAAAUCUGGAAACCAUGAAAGGUUCCAUAGCCGGAACCAUACAACUGAGAAGUUCUGAGUCUAGAACCCUUAAACGUUCUUUGCAGAAGCCUUUCACUGAUUGUUUCUAAAUCUAGAAUGCCUAAAUAUUCUACAUGCAACCCUACAAUUGAGUAUUUCUAAAUCUAGAAACUGUAAAGUGUUCCAUAGAUGGAACCAUACAACUGAGCAGUUCUGAGUCUAGAACCUUUAAAAGUUCCUUGCGGAAGUCUUUAAGCCACUGUUUCUAAAUUUCGAAUGCCUCAAUACUCUGUAUGGAACCCUACAAUUGAGUGAUUCUAAAUCUAGAAACCGUAAAAGUUUCCAUAGCCAGAACCAUACAACUGAGCAGUUCUAACGUUUUUAUGUGAAACCCUACAAUAAAGCAUUUAUAAAUCUAGAAGUCCUAAAGAUCCUACGUGUAAUCCUACAACUGAGCAUUCCUCAAUCUAGAACACCUCAAAGUUCUAUAAGAAACCCUACAACUGUGUCCAAAUCUAGAACUGCAAAAUGUUCUAUGCAAAACCGUACAAUUCUUUUAAAGCCUAGAACCCAUAGAGCUUCAAUGCAGAACCCUACAACUGAGCAUUUCUAAAUCUACAACCCAGAAGGUUCUGUGCAGAACCACGCGAGACAGCGUGAUAGAGUCUAGUAGAGAAUAGUGGUUGGUGUGUAGGUGAGUAAAAGCCCAGUGCUGUUACAGUAGAACCUUUGAUAAGUGUGUAAAUCUAAUGUGCUGCUGAUUGUGAUGUGAUAUAUUUAUGUUCUCAUUUCCUCAGGUCUUCACAGGUUUAGUCGUUUGACACGGUUAUAAAAUCUAAAAUCUCUUGCCUAUCUUGAGCUCUUUAUCACACUGUUUUUUAAUGACUUUGUUUUUCGGUUUGACUCUGUUCUUUCUUUAUUUUUUUUCCCUUUCUCGAGCUGCUUCAUUAUUACGAAUCUCAUAUCCUGUGUCUCACUUCACUGUUGGUAUGUAAUAUAUUUGAUCGAUGGCUGUCGCAUGGAUUAUAAAUCAUAAACAUAAUCUUUGCAGAAA